CUCUACACCAGAGAACACACAGGAGAGAAACCUUAUAGCUGUGGUCAAUGUGGGAGGAGUUUUACUACAUCUAGCAGUCUGACAUUGCACCAGAGAAUACACACAGGAGAGAAACCUUAUAGCUGUGAUCAAUGUGGGAAGAGAUUUGCUACAUCUGGCCACCUGACUCUACACCAGAGAACACACACAGGAGAGAAACCUUAUAGCUGUGGUCAAUGUGGGAAGAGUUUUAGUUGCAAAUCUUCAUCAGAACUUAAAAUACACCAGAGAACACACACAGGAGAGAAACCUUAUAGCUGUGAUCAAUGUGAGAAGAGUUUUCCUACAUCUAGCAUUCUGACAGUACACCAGAGAACACACACAGGAGAAAAACCUUAUAGCUGUGGUCAAUGUGGGAGGAGUUUUACUACAUCUAGCGUUCUGACAUUACACCAGAGAAAACACACAGGAGAGAAACCUUAUAGCUGUGGUCAAUGUGGGAGGAGUUUUACUACAUCUAGCGGUCUGACAUUACACCAGAGAAAACACACAGGAGAGAAACCUUAUAUCUGUGAUCAAUGUGGGAGGAGUUUUGUUCAAGCUAGCCAUCUGACUCAACACCAGAGAACACACACAGGAGAGAAACCUUAUAUCUGUGAUCAAUGUGGGAGGAGUUUUGUUCAAGCUAGCCAUCUGACUCAACACCAGAGAACACACACAGGAGAGAAGCCUUAUAUCUGUGAUCAAUGUGGGAGGAGUUUUACUACAUCUAGCGUUCUGACAGUACACCAGAGAACACACACAGGAGAAAAACCUUAUAGCUGUGGUCAAUGUGGGAGGAGUUUUACUACAUCUAGCGGUCUGACAUUACACCAGAGAAAACACACAGGAGAGAAACCUUAUAUCUGUGAUCAAUGUGGGAGGAGUUUUGUUCAAGCUAGCCAUCUGACUCAACACCAGAGAACACACACAGGAGAGACGCCUUAUAGCUGUGAUCAAUGUGAGAAGAGUUUUCCUACAUCUCGCCAGCUGACUGCACACCAGAGAACACACACAGGAGAGAAGCCUUAUAGCUGUGAUUAAUGUGAGAAGAGUUUUCCUACAUCUAGCCAGCUGACUGCACACCAGAGAACACACACAGGAGAGAAGCCUCAUAGUUGUGAUCAAUGUGACAAGAGAUACUCUGAUAAAAGAUCUCUGAUCAAACAUCAGAAAAUACAUACAUGA